UAUCAUCCAUGAUCCAACCAUUUUAAUAUUAUGUUUACUGUCUAAAAUUAUUAAAUUAUAAUAUUUCCAACGAUUUAAUAGUCUUCUUGGCUUAUUAUAUGAGUUCACCAGUCAUAUAUAGAUCUCACUCAAGUUUAUUUGAAACUUAACAUUAAAAAAUACAACGUAUCAUGUUGUAAAAUCUAUUAAUGAUAUUUUCAUGAUGGACAUUGUCAUAAAAAUAAAUAAUCAGUCCAAUGGGAGAGAUAAACUUGCCAGGUUAAUUCAGUAUGCAAGUCGACUGGUCUGGCAUCAAUUAGAAAGGAGAAAUGCAAAUAAAUACUCCAUUGACAGAAUAAAGAGCUUGGAAAGUAAUUUAAGCUCAUUUAGGAAAGUUUUAAGACUUGGAAGAUGUGUUGACAUAUGCUAUACAGCAUUGAACUCACUCAACAUAGAAGAUCCGUUUUUAAGAAUUUCAUUAACUAUAAGUAAAAUUGCUCAUGCAUUAUUUCUCUAUGCAGAUCAUGUUGUGUGGUUGACAAAAAGUGGAUUUCUUAAAACAGAUUCUGACAACUGGAAUCGCACUGCAAACAAAUUUUGGUUAAUAUCAAUUAUUGCCAAUUUAGCUCGUGAUUUCUAUGAAAUCUUACAUGUUCUAGAAUUGAAUAGAACAACAUUCCUCAGGCCCACAAACCUCAUUGCAGGUUCAGUAAAGAAUUUUGAUUUACACGUCAGUAUGAAACAUUUGUCUGCUGUUCUUAGCUGUCAUAAAGAUAUCUUCAUAGACACAUUAAAGAAUUCUUGUGAUAUUUUUAUACCGUUAACUGCAUUAGGGUUUACAAAGUUAAGCCCUAGUGCUAUUGGUACACUGGGAACUUUAUCGUCACUUGCUGCAUUAAUAACUUUAGUUAAACCUAUAACAAAAUUAGUGCCUGCGUGAAGUGAUUGUUAUAGCAUUUUAUUAUUAUGCUGUUCUAUGUAACCUUACUUAAGUAUGGUGGUAUAUUAUAUGGGAAAUAUAGUGGUGUAUGAUAAUCAUCAAAAUAAAUGAUAAUGUUUAUUGUUAUGUGAUAACAAGGAGGAGCUAAUAAAGGUGCAUUAAAUGGGGAUUUGUACAUGAAA